CACAAUACCACCGUAAUCCGGCUAAUGAAUCGGGGAAAAGGUCCUUGAAUGAGAAGGACAAGCAAGAAUGUGACAUGAGGCGAAGCGCCAGGCACGAAUGUGAUGGCAUCAAUUACCCCUAUAUAUUCUGGAGAUGCGGGGUCGGGACCUUUCCCUCCCAUCUCCACCUUUUCCUUGACCUCCAUCUUGAGGACGACAUCGCUAUGGGCGGCGGUCUCGUUACUCGGCAGGUAGUUGAGCUCUACCGCAGAGCAGCGUCCGGCCAGGGCGGCGUGUUUUCAGGCGAUAACCCUUCGAAGUACAGCUCAGCGGACCCCAUCAAGCUAUGGGUCAUUCAACUCGUCAUCAUCAUUGGCAUGACCCAGAUCCUCUCGCUGUUCCUCAGUCGUAUUCGCCAGCCCAGGGUCAUCGCAGAAGUGAUUGGCGGAGUGAUACUGGGCCCCAGUAUCAUGGGUAGGAUCCCCGGGUUCAAGCAGGCCAUCUUCCCCGACGAGUCCAUGGACGGCCUUACCCUCACUGCCAACAUCGGCCUCGUCCUUUUCCUCUUUCUGGUCGGCCUGGAAAUCGACGUCCGCAUGGUCAAACGCAAUGUCGCCGCCGCGACCGCCGUUUCGAUAGCUGGACUCCUUGUCCCCCUCGGCCUGGGCGCAGCAGUUGGUGUUGGCAUCUACAAUGAAUUCACGGAUGGCUCUGCCAACUAUGGCAACUUCUUGCUCUUCACCGCGGUCGCCAUCGGCAUUACGGCCUUCCCUGUCCUGUGUCGCAUCCUCACCGAGCUCAAGCUACUCGACACCACGGUCGGCGUUAUCGUGCUUUCCGCAGGGGUCGGGAAUGACGUGAUCGGCUGGGUGCUCCUAGCGCUCACAGUCGCGCUCGUGAAUGCAGACUCUGGCCUCACCGCACUUUGGGUCCUGCUUACGGCGGCGGGCUUCGUGAUCUUCCUGCUAUACCCUGUCAAAUGGGGCUAUGUUUGGCUUGCGAAGCGGACGGGGAGUAUCGAAGCGGGAUCGCCGACAUCGUUCAUGAUGACCUUGACCCUCUUGACCGUCUACAUCUCGGCCUUUUUCACCGACAUCAUUGGUGUACAUGCUAUCUUCGGUGGCUUCCUUGCCGGCCUGAUCAUUCCUCACGAGAAUGGAUACGCUAUUUCCCUCGUUGAGAAGCUUGAGGACUUCGUCUCACUGCUUUUGCUGCCACUGUACUUCACACUGUCUGGGUUGAAGACAAACUUGGGCCUGCUUGACAAUGGAAUUACGUGGGGCUACGUUGUACUUCUCUGUGUCGUCGCUUUCGCCUCGAAGUUCUUCGCAUGCGCGGGUGCAGCCUUCGCCAUGGGCUUCAACUGGCGCGAGGCCGGUGCUAUGGGCUCCCUGAUGAGUUGCAAGGGUCUCGUGGAGCUCAUCGUUCUCAAUGUCGGCCUUCAGGCCGGAGUCCUGGACACCCGCACGUUCUCCAUGUUCGUGCUCAUGGCUCUGGUCUUGACAUUUAUGACCACGCCCUUGACGCUCCUAUUCUAUCCCGAGAGGCACCGGAAGCACUCGACCGGUCUCGAGGGCAAGAAGAGCGACAAGGACCUGGAGGAGGGGUCGUCGCAGGCCGUGGAGGAGACGAAGACCCGGUUCGCUUUCGUCAUGGAGAAGGUGGACGAGCUGCCGACGGUCAUGACACUGUCGCACCUGUUGCAGCCGGAGAACCCUGCGGCGUACGCCCUGUCGAAUGGGCCUGAUGAUGCAAAGUCGGACCUCUCUUUGGCCGCCCCUGCUCUGCCCAAGGAGUCAGCAGUGUCGUCUCCUCGUCGUCGUCCGAUCACUAUCGACGCGCUGCGCCUCAUCGAGCUCUCGAAUCGUACUUCAGCCGUGAUCAAGUCGACGGAGGGCGACUCGCUCAUCCUCAAUGACCCCGUUGUCUCGGUCUUCCGCACCUUCGCUCACCUGAACAAGAUAUCAGUGUCGGCCGCGCUUACCGUUGUGCCCUAUGACGAGUUCCCGAACGCGAUCGCUAUGCACGCGCAGGAGCGAGGGUCGCAGAUGGUCAUUCUUUCGUGGGCCCGUGGUACGGUCGCGGCACCCCUAGGCGAGACCCCCGCAGCCACAUCAUGGUCCGGUAACCCGUUCGACAGUGCCGCCAGCGCAGACCAGACGGGCUCCGUCGUCCACUCGGAGACCAUACGCCGCGUCUUCGCCAGCGCGACGGUCGACGUGGCGCUCUUCGUGGACCGUGGUCUGAGCUUGCAGGGCGCGUUGGCGGGCGGUGUUCAUCUGUUCUUGCCCUUCUUCGGUGGUCCGGAUGAUAGGCUUGCGCUGUCGUUUUUGGUGCAGCUGUGCGGGAAUCCGGCGGUGACGGCGACUGUUGUGCGCGUUCAGAAGGGCGCGCCGCUGACGCCGACGGGUACGGUGGAUCACCCGAAGGCGGGAGCGCUUAUGACGAUGGCCGCAGCAGAUACGAUAUAUGUGCAGCCCAAUACGGAGACCCGCCUUCACUCCGAGACCGCAGACAACAUCCUUUGGGAGAAGUACGCUGGAGGCGGAAUGAUCAAGCAUGCGCAUGACGUCGCCGCCGCGCUCGCCAGGAUCACCUUCAAGACCGAGAGCGAUCCUCGUCCCCUUCACAAGGUCGUCGAACUGGUCAGCGUCGAGGCCAACAGGGUUAAGAGCGGUUCUGGCAACGAUAAGGCAGUAAUCGCCGUCGUAGGGCGGUCUCGUCGGAUGGCGGUCGAUACGCACAAGGCAGAGCUGCAGGAGCUCGUAGCGGAACGAGGGUCCGGCAUGGCCAGUUCGGUGCCCAAGACAAUAGGAGAAGUGGGCGCGGCGCUAGUGGCGGCCAAUACAGGAGCAAAUCUGCUCGUUCUGCAGGCUGCGAGUACGGUCUGACCGCGGCGCUUCGAAUAUCCGUAUCGUUCGGAUGGGAAAGAGUGGAAGGUACCAUGCAACUAUUCCUUUCUUCAGACUAGUCUUGUUUCUUCGUUUGUUUUCGUCUUGUAUGUUCGCCUUGAUACCAUUUUUGUGUGUUCUUCUAUUGCUUUCUAUCGGCCGAAGACCGCCAAUCCUUCGCGUCAACGAAUCGCACGUCUACAGGGUGCGUCCGCUUCGAGGCCUCCUUUAUAUCGGUC